AUGAGUCAUUACUACCGACAAUACCCGUGUGUUUUUGACGAAAUUCGCCAAACCACUUCUUACGUUGAACACACCAUUACUCCUGCAAAUAUUCACUACAAACAUGACGUGCCGCGUAAAAACUUCACUUCCGGCGAUUUCUUUGGUGGUGCAGAAACAUUGACCUCUUUAAGCAGCCCCAAACAAAUUAAGGCACUCAGUCGUAUACUUCCUGGGAAAGGAUUCUUCGAUUUACGUGACAGCCCCAAACCCAUCUGUCCCCUGUGGCCACUUGGUUGCCAAAGCGACUUGAUAUUCAGUAACAACAAAAGUUCUACUUUCCAUUAUGUGAAUGUAGUGCCACAAUGGCAGUCCUUCAAUGCCGGUAACUGGUCGCGCAUUGAGGAUGGAGUCCGUCAGUUCGCUCAUGACAAUAAUAGUACCCUACUCUGCUGGACUGGUACCUGGGGUGUUUGCACUUUGCCAGACGUUAACAAUAUACAACAGGAGUUAUAUCUAAAGAACGAUAAGCAAGACAAUAAUGUCGUACCAGUGCCGAAACUAUUUUACCGUAUUGUUAUCGAUGCUGAGUCCCCGUAG